AUGCUGCCGAAGACUAUCGCCAGCGUACCUUCCGCGCAGUAUGGUUGUGACGGCGUGACCGCAACCGAUGACAAAGGCGACUUGGCCCUGGGAUUUCACGAGGUCGACCAAGGAGCAUUCGGCCUACCUUACCAGAUAUGGACGGCACAAAGAGCUACGGAAGGACCUGUAUCGAUCAAAUUUACUGCCGACCCUGCCGUUGUAAAUACUAGCGCACUCCCCGGGCCCCAUUUCGACUUGAGAAAUGCGACCGGUGGUCUUACCGGCUCCAUGUGGGCUGUCGUACCCGUCCCGAACCCAAUGUCCAACGACGACUACAACGUUACUGUAUCAUGGAACAUCACAUCUCUCCAAAGCGCGGCGUAUACCUGGGCCGACGGAGUCGGGCCCCAUAGCUCCAGCUUCGUCGGACCCCUGACCCAGCUGACCCAGACAUUCUUCAUCGUCGGAGACGUCAAGGGGUACCCGAGCUUGCCUGCUACCGGUCCCGACAAUAAGCUCGGUGUAUACUGGUUAGAGAAGACUCCCUUCGAUAUCAACGAAGUCGGAAGGUAUCUACAGACACUACUCGCCUACUCAACAAAGUUCUGGCAAGAUAACUCAACCGAACCGUACCGCGUAUUCAUCCGUAUCAACGAAGAGCAGCGCUCGGGGACAGUCGGGCCCGGCGCCGGCGGCACGGCGCUGCUUCGCUCCUUCCUUUUCGGAUACAGACGAGACGUUGGUCUGUCUCUGGACAAGGUCACCACUCUUCUGGCUCACGAGAUGACGCAUAACUGGACGCCGUGGUCCGGCGGGACCAACGCCGAACAGUCUCGGUACAACGAGGGCGCAGCCGAGUUCUGGUCUCUGAGGCUUCUCUGGCGUGCCGGCAUGCUCAGCACCGAGAGGUACCUCGACGAGAUGAACACUCGCGCCUCGGAAUACUACCAAAACCCCACCAACAACAGAAGCGACGAAAGUGCGCAAGAGGUCGCGUGGGAGAUACGGGACGCCCAGAGAAUUCCGUACGGCCGGGGGAUGCUUCACUUCGCGAAUAUCGAUGCCCAGAUGAGGGCCAAGUCGAACGGGGCCCAGAAGCUGGACGAUCUCGCGAUCCCUUUUUUGCAAGCUUGUCGACAGGAUGGGAAUUGUGGCUCAAAAGAAUGGUUCUCCCUGCUUAGGUCAGCGCUGGGACAAGAGGCCGUUGAUGAAUGGAACAAGGUCUCUUCAGGGCAGCCUUUGAUCAAACCAGUUGAGGGCAGCUUGGGCCCUUGUUUUGACGUGGUGCAGAAUGGAACCAGUCCCGUUGUCUAUGUCUGGAAGGUCAAGGAGGGAAGAAACAUUUCGAGUGCAGAAUGCUUGAUUUAG